AUGGCAUCCAUGCUUAGAUCUGCAAGUGUGCCUUCCAGCCCCUGCUCCAAUGAAGCCAAUGUUGAAGAACAGCUUCAGAGCUUGAGAGCAACCAUCUCUUCACCCUCUGCAACCGUCGAAACAAUGCUUGAUGGUUUCAGCAGGAUUGGAGGUGUAUACAGGAACAUUGAGGAGAUCAUGUGCUUUCCCAGCAGCCAAGUUCUCCUUUGCCAACCACAGCAGAGGAAAGCAGCAGAGCAAGAGCUUGAGCGCUCUCUUAUCUUGCUUGACCUCUGCAAUGCCAUGCAAGAGAGUUUCUGUGAACUCAAGGCAAGCAUCCAGGACAUGCAGUUGGCUAUCAAGAGAGCCGAUGAUGCCGCUGUUCAAGCCAAGGUCCAGUCCUUCAUCCGUCUGACCAAGAAGGCACAAAAGCAGUCGAAGAAGAUUAGCAAGAAGUCUGCUUCAGAUGAUCAGGAGGGAUGCACGGUGCUCAAGCUGUCAGCUGAAGCUAGAGAGGCUGCAAUUUCAAUGGUUGAGUCCUCGUUGCAUCUCUUGUUGAAGCAGAUUGUGAAGCCGAAUUCUAGCAGGUGGUCUCUUGUAUCCAAGGCUUUCCAGAAGGCAAGGAUUGCAUGCCAGGAGGAGCAAUUGCAGGCGCUGGAGUUGGACAUCAGUGAUCUCGAGAGCGGAGUUGAGACUUUAUUCAGGAGAUUGAUCCAGAGCAGAGUUUCUCUUCUGAAUGCUCUGAGCUUGUAGAUGAUACACCAACUCUUGUUCUUUGUGAUCCGCGUCCAUCUUUUAGAGGAUUUGCUGAUCAUCAAAACAAUUUUGAGAAGUGUAUAUACACAAUAGGUACUGACAAAAUGUACAAGAAUACUGAAAAGAAAAAAAAUUAUCUAUGUUCAGUUGUCAACUUUACUGUCUUAGCUUUCUGCAUGACCAUAAAUCCCUUCCAGAAAAUCUUAUUUAUCCUCACUUAGAAUGGCCAAACUAUCACUUGUAUUUUGGAGUUCUUAUGUUAAAGUUCACUUAGAGGUAAAAACAUAACUUAUAAA